AAUAGAAAUAGUAUUACCUUAUUAAUUAAAUCAACUGGUUAUAAUACAAAUCUUUCAUUCAACAGAUUCACGCAUUUCUCACUGAUCCUUUAACAAUUUUAACAUCAUCGAUAGGCCUAUCAUUUUUAUCUGUUUCAACAAGACCAAUUCUUUUUACUAUUGCCAUACCAGAAUGAAUUCGCCCUGCUCAUAGAAAGACACAUGAUAUUUAAAUUAGAAUCAUUCUCAUGAAAUCAUAAUUGUUAUACAUACAUAAUAAUAUUCAAUCUUACCAAAUAUAGUAUGCUUUCCAUCCAACCAUUGCGUAGGUGCUAAUGUAAUAAAAAAUUGAGAUCCAUUUGUAUCUGGUCCAGAGUUUGCCAUGGAUAAUAUCCCAGCACCAGUAUGUUUCAAAUCAUCAUGAAUUUCAUCAUCAAAACUAUCUCCAUAUAUAGACAUACCACCUUUUCCUGUAGCGGUUGGAUCUCCACCUGUGGGAACGCAUACAUUUAUAAUAUCAUAUAUAAUAUUCAAUAAGAAUACUACAAAACACAACCUUGUUUUACCUUGUAUCAUAAAAUCGCGAAUUAUUCUAUGAAACUUUGUACCAUUGUAAUAUCCACGACGUGUCAAUUCAGCAAAAUUUCUACACGUUAUAGGUGCAUGUUUCCAAUAUAAUUCAAUGAUUAUUUCACCCAUACUAAAAAAUAUAAAAAAAAAAAGCAUACAAUAGAAAUGGUUAAUUUAUAUAUUCGCAUGUCUUACGUUGUCUCAAAAGCCACAAAGGGAGGUUGCCAAUGUUUAUCUGGUAUUCCUGAUAUAUUUGAAAGAGUCAUUAUUACACUAUAAAAGUUAUUAAUAAAAAUUAAGAUAUUACAAACAACAAAUUAACCAACAAAUAAUCAAACUAAAUUCAAACUACAAAAUUAUAUGCGAAUUGUAUCAGCUGUUUUUAGAACGCUAUCUAUAUUAGCUUCCUAGAACUAUAAGCGGUACCGAAUUGAUGUGUUAAAGUCGUAAUGCCGGAUCCUGCAAUGGUGUUAUAAAAAUGUGUUAAAGAUAAUAUUUACAGAUUUUAUAAAUGUGGACCAUUUUGUCCAUCAGUUUUAAACUUGAUCACAUUCUUUUAAUGUCUUCUGGCUCACUCGUAGUUUAUUACGUAUGCCAGAACGACUUAACCUCAGCAAAAACAUGUUUUCUCCCCGGGAUUUAGGUAAAACAGAUUAUAUUAGUUUAAAUAUCUACGAUAGUGCGGCUUUCACACGGGGGACAUCGCGUAGCCUUUGGAGGCAAUGGAAACAGUUAUCAAGGUUUCAAAGAAAUAUUUUCUACUUUGCUAUUGUAACAGUUUUACUUGUGAUAUUUUAUCUUUUACCCGGUGAAACCAAAAAUGCUAUUCUACAAAAUAACAGUGACUAUAAUAAUGUUGAUAUAGUUCAAGAGACAGUUAAAUAUGAAAAGGUGCCAGAGGAUAUUGUUGUAGAUAAUGUUAAUCAACCUGCUGGUGGUGGUCAUGGUGGUGAUGUCAUUGAAGAACCAGAAUUUCAACCAGAGAUCAAUCAAGUAGAUGAUGAUCAAAUUGGGGAACCACCUCAACCCAAACCAAUCGCACUUAAAUUUGAAGGACCACAAAAUAGUAGACAAAGAGCAGUAGUUGCAGCAUUUAAACAUUCAUGGAAUGGGUAUAAACAAUAUGCUUGGGGUCAUGACAAUGUUAAGCCGAUAUCAAAAAAAUAUCAUGAAUGGUUCGGCUUAGGACUUACUAUUGUGGAUUCCUUAGAUACUUUAUACAUGAUGGGUUUGAAUGAUGAUUUUGCAGAAGCUAAAUCGUGGGUUGAAAGUAGUUUAGUCUUCACCAUGAAUCGUGAUGUUAACCUGUUUGAAGUAACAAUAAGAGUAUUAGGAGGAUUGUUAGCCGCAUAUCAUCUUAGUGGAGAGAAAAUAUUUUUAAAUAAAGCGAUCGAUCUGGGAGAUCGUAUGAUGCCAGCAUUUUCCACUAGAUCUGGUGUUCCAUAUUCUGAUGUCAAUUUAGGGACUAGAGCAGCACAUAGUCCUAAAUGGGGGCCUGAUAGUAGUACUAGUGAAGUAACUUCUAUUCAAUUAGAAUUUCGUGAUUUAAGUCGUAGUUCAGGACAACCUAAAUUUGAGGCAGCUGCUGCAAGAGUCUCAGAACAUGUGCAUCAAUUAGAGAAACAUGAUGGUUUAGUUCCAAUUUUUAUCAAUGCCAACAAUGGACAAUUUAGAGAAUAUGCGACAAUUACCUUAGGAGCUAGAGGUGACAGCUAUUACGAAUAUUUAUUGAAACAAUGGAUACAAACUGGGAAGACCAUAGACUAUUUACGAGAUGACUAUUUAUUGGGCAUUUCUGGAACUAAGAAACAUCUAGUCAAAUAUACAGCUAUUAAUAAGUAUCUUUUUAUAGCAGAAUUGGUUGGUGCGCAUAAAGAUACAAGACCAAAGAUGGACCAUCUUACAUGUUACUUAGGAGGUACAUUAGCCUUAGGAGUCCAUCAUGGGUUGCCACAAGAACAUAUGGCUUUUGCAAAUGAUAUUGUCAAAACUUGUUAUCAAACUUAUGCAAUACAACCGACUUUUCUUGCUCCCGAAAUAACUUAUUUUAACAUCCAGAAAUUAGAAGGAGAAAAUCAAAUGGAUAUGUAUGUGAAAACAAAUGAUGCACAUAAUCUCCUACGACCUGAGUUUAUAGAAAGUCUUUUUUAUAUGUGGUAUUUCACAGGAAAUAAAACUUUCCAGGAUUGGGGCUGGCAAAUAUUUCAAGCAUUUGAAAAUUAUACUAAAGUGGAAAAUGGAUACACAAGCAUUGGAAAUGUUCGAAGUAUUCAUAACAUACGACCACAAGAUAUGACAGAAAGUUUCUGGUUCGCCGAAACUUUGAAAUAUUUAUAUUUGUUAUUUGAUGAUACCAGACAAUUAAUAGAUUUAGACAAAUGGGUAUUCAAUUCCGAGGGUCAUCCAUUACCUAUAUAUGAAUCAUAAUAUGAUGUAAAGAAAAAUUUAUAUUCGACAAAUUCGAAACUGUAUGUUUAAUUAGUUGAAUUCAUUUGCACCGAUUUAUUAAUCAUUAUUAUUAAAAAAUUGCACCUAAAAUCCAAUCAUAUGUAUUGGAUGCGAAAGAUUUUCAAAUUCUUUCGAUUGUCUAAAAAAUUUGUACAAAACCUGAGCAAACAUAAUAGCGUGUAUGUAAAGUAAACAUUUACAAAUUUAUUAUCGUAAAUAUUUCAUACGUUAUGAUUUAUGAAAAAUCAUAUCAUUGUUUAUACACAAUUACGUCUUUGACUUGAGUAGUGCCUAUCUAUGAUCAUCGGACGAUGAAAUGAACGAUUUUGUAAAUACUUUACUCUUUAUAUUAUAGAUCAUGGAGAUAAAAAGUAAAUUUUUUUUUCAUUCAAAUUGUUAACACAUCAAUUAUCAAACAAUUAUAAUCAAAAUUACUUAUACACAAAAGUACUAUUCAUCUAUAGUGAGCACGUGCUUAUACUAUUUAUCUUAAAAAAGAAAAAAGAAGUACAUAUUCAUAUCUUAGAUUGUACAUUAAAAGAACACUUUAUUAAAAAAAAAAAAAAGAAAAGAAAAAGAAAAAAAAAUCCUAUAAUCUUUUUAGCAAUAACAAUGUAAUCAUUUAUAGAAGUAACUUAAGUUAGAGUAUCUAGUCGUGAUUUACUAAUAUUUUUAUCUAUGAUUUAUCUAUUAUACAUUAUAUUUGCUUC